AAUUUUCCGUCACGUGUAACCCUACCGACUCUCCUUGCGAAUCGCCUAUAUUCUUUCCACCUCUCGGUGGUAGCUCACCGCCCAGUCGCAACGAUUUCUUCGCCUGUCGUAUCCAAGCCCUGAUUCUUGCUACCUCGCCGCAUUCUGAAAGCAACUUUGUUGGGCCACUUCUCUCCCGGAAAUCUCCGCUGCCAACAUAUAGUUUCGGCUUCUUAUCCCGCUACCCCAUUUUCAUAUAAAAAACCCUAAAUUUUCGCUUUUUGCACGUCGGUUUUUGGCUGUGCAACUGCUCCGUAGUUCGCCUUUAAGUGGGCAUACCUGCGUUCGAUUCGCAACUGAGUCAACCUAGAAAGUCAGUCAUUGGAUCGAUGAAUUGUUGGAAUCUCUGUUCCUAGCAUUGAAAGGUGAGAUUUGGUGGUUUGUGGUGCGGGGAUCUUAUGGUUGACAACAAUGGAGGAGAAUGAACAGCAUAAAAGUAGUGAACUCAGGAGUUCCGGCGAGAGUCGUCCUCCGAAUCCGUUCGCUGCUGAAUACCGACAAUGCCCCAAUACCGACCGUGGGGCGGCACCAAGUAGGAGGUCCCUUGUUCGGCAUCCUUCUCUUAUGAAGACAAAGGUGUCUGAAGUAUCUGCUGAGCCAGAACCUGUUAUUGAAGAUUGCAAGUCUGAGUUCCUACCAAACCUUCGUUCUGGAGGAUGUGGUGAUAUUGGGUUCCGUUCAAGCAUGGAAGACGUGUAUUUGUGCGUGGACAACUUUUUGCCGAAUUAUGGACCCAAUAACCGCAUAGAUGGACCCAGUGCAUUUUAUGGGGUAUUCGAUGGACAUGGUGGCAAGCAUGCUGCUGACUUUGCUUGUCAUCAUUUGCCGAAGUUCAUUGGUGAGGAUGAAAGCUUUCCAAGUGAUAUUGAAAGGAUUGUUGCGUCAGCAUUUUUGCAGACAGACAAUGCCUUUGCUGAGGCCUGCUCUCUUGAUGCUGACCUUGCCUCUGGCACCACUGCUCUGGCUGCUCUUGUCAUUGGAAGGUUGCUGUUGGUGGCAAAUGCGGGAGAUUGUCGAGCAGUGCUGUGUCGCCGUGGAAAAGCUAUUGAAAUGUCAAGGGAUCACAAACCGACACAUAGCAAAGAGUUGAAGCGCAUCAAGGCAUCGGGGGGUUAUGUGUAUGAUGGGUAUCUCAACGGACAGCUCAAUGUGGCACGCGCUCUGGGUGAUUGGCACAUAAAAGGAAUGAAAGUCAGUGAUGGCGGACCUCUCAGUGCAGAGCCUGAACUAAUGACCACAAAUCUGACUGAAGAGGAUGAAUUUCUCAUCAUGGGCUGUGAUGGGAUUUGGGAUGUUUUCAGGAGCCAAAAUGCUGUGGAUUUUGCCAGGCGAAGGCUUCAGGAGCAUAAUGAUCCAGCCAGGUGUAGUAAGGAUUUGGUUGAUGAGGCUUUGAAGAGAAAGAGUGGGGACAAUCUAGCAGUGGUUGUGGUUUGCUUUCAGCAGCAGCCUCCAGCUAACUUGGUGGCACCGCGCUCCAGAGUGCAGAGGAGCUUCUCUGCUGAAGGCUUGAGAGAGUUGCAAAGCCUCCUGGAUAGUUUUGGUAACUGAUUUGGUGCAAGUCCUUUCUUCUUCCUUGGAUUUCCUUUGUACCUCAUAAGAUUCAUCUGUAGGAUUAGACCGAGAGAACCUUAACUGUAACAUAGGCGGCAUCCAGUCCACAUUUAUUUAGUCUUGUUAUUUUGGUGUUUGACAGUGAAAUUUUUGGCAUUGGGUACUUUUUUUUUUUUGCCUCGUCUCCAAAGGCCUGUCGAGAAUAACAUGUGCCAACAAAAUCCCUAGUGCUAUGAUUCCUUACUGAUUUGAAUAUGGGCAAUGCAUGUAUGUGCUUUCGUUA